AUGUCCAGUUCUAGCGUAGACAAACUUUUGGGUAGUUCUAGCAAGGUUGAGGGUGUCGUGGUGCAAUCCGUGGCCCCUGCUGGGGAGGUCAGCUCACCGCAGGGUGACUCCCUUCUUCAGUCUUUAGUGGAAGCUUCUGCUCCCAAAGUUGAGCCAUCUCAGCUCAGGGAGACUGAGGUUCAGUUAAAGGUUGCCAUGUCGGAGGUCGAUGCCGAGAGCCUUCUCAAGAGCUCUCAGAGAGGGAAGAAGAGGAAGGCAUCGAAGAGGCUUCGCCGGGAGGCCGGUCCUUCAGCCCCUGGCCCAUCUGAGGUCUUGGCUGUGGAGCCAAUCUCUACUGAGCUCCCCGAUGAGGAGGUUCAUCCUCAACCCCCCGUUGUGGACCUGGAUGGCGACCAAGAGGAGGGUGCUCAAACUCGUGAACCGGGGAGCACUUUUGUACCCGAGCGGGAGAGUGUCCAACCUCGCAGACUGGAGAGCACUUCUGCACCAAGGUCCAGACCUUCCAAUCAGAGCAUAAUGACUCUUAAGCUCGCAAUGCGCAAGAGCAGGGAUGCUGCCUUCCCUGACGAGGUGCCGGUGAACUCCGCCAUUCAAUCGUUGAUGUGCCAGUCUGAGAUCUAUCUGAAGCGGGCUCUGGAAGCCGAAGAAAAGGCACGUGAGCUUCACCGCGAACUGGACCUAGCUCGGGGUGAAAUACUUCAAGCCAAUAAUGAAGCCCGAAGUCAGAAGGAGCUGAUUUUGGCCAUGACGGAGGAGAAGGAGAAGCAGCAGGAACUAAUCUCCGCACUGACUGAGGAGAAAACGAAGCAACAGGAGCAGAUCUCGACACUGACCGAGGAGAAGGCGAAGCUUCAACGAGAAAAUGAGAGUCUUGAAGCGAUGAUUCAGGAGCGGGCUGAGAUCUUCGAGACCGCUAUCCAAGAGGCACGAGCUGAGGAAAGAAGCCGCGCUGUGGAAUGCUUCAUGGAAUCCUCUUAG